UUUUACAGACUAGAAAUGAAUGCUGGAUCCGGACAACAAUUUUAUAUUCCAUCAACAAAUGUUGUUACAGAAAUAAUUAUUCCGACAAUUAUUUUUUGUAUUGGAAUGGUUAUAGCGAUGAUUGUUGGAAUUAAUAAAUGUAAACAAUGGGAAUUGGAUAAUUUUGGUGAAAUUAGACGUACAAGAAGAGUAAUCCAAAGACUCACUGCUCGAUUGAGAGAAAGAAAUUUUAAAGCAAUUCAAAAUGCAAGAAAUAUUCGAAAAAGAAAUUUGGCAGUUAAAAAAGAAGGAAAACAAGCAAUAAUUCCCCCUCCAAUAUAUGGAAAUGCUGCUUCAAAUACUUCAAUAACAAGUGGACGUUCACCUCCACCAGCUUAUGAGGAUUCUCUUUUGGAUGAAAUUUAUAGAGAAAUUAUUGAAUUGGAUGGGAAAAUAUAG